CAUACCACAUCAUUAUUCUGUAAUGAAAUUAUUACUCUUUUGAUUUUUAUGAUUUUUUUACAAUUAGUUAAUAAGUAGUGUAAUUUAUAUGAAUUAAUUAUGGAGCCCCUAUAUUAUGAAACGCAUAAACUUAUAAUUGAGGUACAACAAUUAUUUCAAAAAUUUGAAAACAUUGAUUGCGAUCCCAGAAUUGAAGAUGAAAUUCAACAGAGAAUUGAUCGAGUUACGAAAAAUUGUGAAAAAUUGGAUACUUAUGUAUUCAAAACACCUUUAGAUCAAAGAGCAAGCACUAAGAUGCGUGUAGAUCAAUUAAAAUAUGAUAUAAGACAUUUAAAAGCGGCAUUCCAAGUUUUAGAAAAGAAAAAACAGAAAAAAAUGAUGGAAAUUAAUGAGCGUGAGGAAUUAUUGAAUAGAAAGUUUGCUCCAAAUCCAGACACUGCAAUUAAUAUUGAUUAUUCUUUACAACAUAAUUCAUCUUUACAAAAUGCUAAUCGUGGAAUAGAUGAGAUGUUAUAUACGGGUAGCUCUGUAUUGGAUUCAUUACGUUCACAACGUGGAACUUUAAAAGGAGCACAAAGGCGUAUCAUCGAUAUGGCGAAUACAUUAGGAUUAAGUAAUCAUACCAUGCAAUUAAUAAAAAAAAGAGUAACUCAAGAUAAAUACUUAUUAUUUGGUGGGAUGUUUGUUACAUGUGUUAUUAUUGUUCUUGUAAUUAUUUAUAUUGCGUAGCGUUUA